AUGGCUCAAGCAAAACGGGUCCCGGGCGGCCGCUCAGGGAGCAGCUCAGCCGCGCUGGGCGCCGCGGGCCCCGCGAGGCGGCCGCAGCCGGGGCGUCCGGCUUUGGGUGAAAACCGAGGGUGUGCUGCUCCCGGAGGAGACGCCCAGUUACGCAGAGGAAAAUCCCCACCCGCGGCUCCCGAUUGGCAACUACUGGCAGAAAAGAAGACCACUUACAAGGUUGUAGGAGUCCCGAGGGAGUUGUAUCAGAAACCGAGGAACAGUGAUUUGAAAGCGGAAAGUGGGAACAAACUAGCGCCAGCCCCCAGGGCCACGCAGGCCCUGCGGGCAGGCAGGGCAGGCCGCGCCGUUCGCUGGCUCCGGGGCGCGCCCGCGGAAUCGGCGCUGACUUCUCCUGCUCCUGAAGGGAGGCCCCGUCUACCCCGCGGCAACAGCCAGGGGAACCGCAGCGCGGUCACCGAGUUCACGCGGACGGCCUUCCCGGCGCCCCUGGAGCUUCAGGCCUUCCUCUUCGUGGUUCUCUCCUUCACUUACACAUUAACCACAGUGGGGAACGUCAUCAUCGCCUCCCUAAUAUGGACGGAUAUUCGCCUGCAAACCCCGAUGUACUUUUUCCUCUGUAAUCUGUCCUUUCUGGACAUUGUAUACACUACUGUCGUUAGCCCAAAGCGGCCAGCCUGCCUUCUAGGAGAGGAGAAAACCGCAUCCUUUGCCGGCUGCAUCGCCCACACGUACUUCUUCUUUUUCCUGGGGACAGUGGAGUUCAUCCUCCUGGUGGCGACGCCCUUCGACCGCCAAGUGGCCAUCUCUCCCCUGCGCUACCCCAUGCUCCCGGGCAGCAGGGCCUGCCUCCUGCUGGUUCUGGGCUGCUGGGCGGGGGCCCUCCUGUCAGUGCUGGUACCAACCAUGGUGGUAACAAGGCUACCUCACUGUGGCAAAGAAAUGAAUCAUUUUUUCUGUGACAUUGCCCCUCUCCUACAAGUGGCCUGUAUAGAUACUCGAGUCAUUGAGAAGGUAGACUUCCUCCUGUCUGCCCUUGUCAUCCUCAGCUCCCUGGCCUUCACUGCUGGGUCCUACACCUACAUCAUUUCUACCCUCCUGCCCAUCCCCUCAGCACAAGGCCAUCAGAAAGCUUUUUCUACCUGCGUUUCGAUCACUGUUGUCUCCAUUGCCUACGGGAGCAACAUCUUUGUGUAUGUGAGACCCAAACAGAACUAUUCACUGGAUUUUGACAAGGUAGCAGAGAUCAUUACAGUAGUGACCCCUCUUCUGAAUCCUUUCAUUUGCUGCUUGAGAAAUGAAAAGGUAAAAGAAGUGUUGAGAGAGGCAAUGAACAGAAUCAUAUUCUUGAUACUAAGGAAAACUUCACCUUAG